GAGGAGGAGGCGGCGGAGAGGAGGAGGAGGAGGAAGAGACGAGGAGGAGCCACCGCCAACGAUCACCACGACGACGACGACGAAGAGGACGACGACGACGAGGAGGACGACAACGAGAUGCGCGAAUUUAAAGUUGUCGUGCUCGGCUCGGGCGGGGUGGGCAAGAGCGCGCUCACCGUCCAAUUCGUAUCCGGAUGCUUCAUGGAGAAAUACGAUCCAACGAUCGAGGAUUUCUAUCGUAAGGAAAUCGAAGUCGAUAGCUCGCCUUGCGUACUCGAAAUUCUCGACACCGCCGGUACCGAGCAAUUUGCGAGUAUGCGCGAUCUUUAUAUAAAAAAUGGUCAGGGCUUUGUCGUAGUUUACAGUCUGACAAAUCAUCAGACAUUUCAGGAUAUCAAAGCGAUGAAGGAGCUUAUAACUCGUGUCAAAGGCACAGAACGAGUACCCGUACUACUUGUUGCCAAUAAGCUUGACCUAGAACACCAACGAGAAGUCGACACCGCCGAGGGAAAUGCAUUGGCACAACUUUGGGGUUGUCCAUUCGUCGAGGCCUCCGCCAAAAAUCGUACGAACGUCAACGAGAUGUUUGCCGAAAUUGUGCGCGAAAUGAACUUCAGUCCUGAGAAAGAGAAGAAAAGCUAUUGCUGCUGCAGCGUCCUUUAAUACUUAAUCAAACGUUUACUUUUUAUCGGCAAUUCGUUUAUUCGUAUAAUUAUAGGAUAGCUACGUUAAUACUGGCUAAUUGGCACGAACUAUCUAUCGAAUCUUUAUCCUUUCUUCUUCUUUUUCUUCUUAUUUUUCAUUACUUAUUUCUUCUAUCUUCAUUCACCGGUUUCUUUCUUCUUUUGGAUCGUACCGUAAGAAUUUUUGGAAAACUCAACUUUAAGAGUUUGAAUAUUUUUUUCCAAUUGAAAUUUCUUUUCCUUUCUUUUCUUUCCUUUUCUUCCCCCCCCCCCCACUCCUCCGUUCUCCCCUCUCUCUUUCGUAAUCCGAUUUUUCUUUCUCUUAGAGCUCAGCCAAGCCAUGCGACGAAUUCGCCAACCUUCGAGACUAAUUUGUGAUUGUACUGAGAAUUUUUGAAAGCCAACAUUAAGGACUAUAUAUGCUAGUUCGGUUCUUUUUCUAUUGGAGGAACAAGGUCAGCUACUUUUGGCGACCAUCAAACGGAUAUUUUAAUAUACAUGGAUAGUAUUAUAUGUAAUAUUAUUGUAAUAUAUAAUGGUACAUGUAAGGAUGCAUAGAAAAGGAGGUGAAUUUUUUUUGGUAACGGACCAAUAUUCCAAAGUGACGAACAUGGAUAAAGCCAAGAGCAACAUUUGAACUGGUCUGCGUUUGUUAAACCAAACUCGAUUUUAUUAUUAACUGUCUUAGAACAUUAACAUUGUUCGUUGUAUGCUGGUCUAUCUUAAUUAAUUUGGAAUUAGGAUAUGUAAGAGUAGCUUGUUUUAUUAUUUCUUUUUUUUUUUUUUUUUUAUGUCACUGUGAUGGUCGACUGUCCUUAUGACGACGGUCGUGCUUUUUCUCUUGUGAAGUAAAUUUAGAGUGACCUUCGUAAGAUACAUUAAAUAGAUAAGAAGUUUUAACAAUUUAUAAGUUUUUAUAAGAGUCAUCGAAGAAAAAGAAAUCUGUACAAGUUAUAAACGACUUUGGUUUGUACGCAGGACCAAGAUGUUGAUCUUGGACAAGUUUUGUGCAAUGAUUUGCGUCAAUAGUAUGUUACCUAUGCUUAAGUGUCGGAGGCCUCUUUAAAGGAUACGUCGUAUAAAAGAAAUUAUAUACGACUUACUUUAAUGGCUUUCGUAUUAGUUGUACAGUACACUAGUUCUAAAGAAAUAUUUUAUAGAAAUGAAGCAAAUAAGAAGAACAUCGUAAAUGGAUAUUGAAAAAUUGCGUUUGAGGUUUCAAUGUUUUUGCUAAAUAUCUAUGCAAUUAUCAAAUGCGAUCUUCUACGAUAUUCUUCUAUUUUUACUUUCUACUCAUACUUUAUAUAAUUAUGUUGAGAUCUUUCUUGCAUAUCGCUUGCAAUAAAAUGAAAAAUCGUUGGUGGCUUGAGUAAAACGUGAUGGCGACAAAACUGCGAUAUAAUUAAUCUUUUUCAAAUUAAAUUUUGCCAUUUUUAAUUUUUAUAUAUCAUUCUAAUCCAAGAAAAUAUGAUCUUAUGUUUAUAUCAUUUUAUAUGUAACUGUGAAUUUGGAAAGGGGGAAAAAAGAAAAAAAAAAAAGAAAAACAAAGGAUAUAAAUCCAUGAUAAACUUUAUGCCAAAGGUUGCAGAGGCACAUUGAUCCCAACGAUUAUAUCCAAUAUGUGGUACUUGUAACGAUGUCCAAAGUGUCCAUUGCUUUAUACAAACGCAGUAUCUUCUGGCGCAGUUCUACAUUGUCGAAUGAGUCAAAGGAAAUAUAUAGAGAGGAGAGAGAGAAAGAGAGAGAGAUAUCGAUGAGUGUAAAGAAGAAAAAGAGCAGUUCUCCCUGUACGUAGCAGUAGAUCGUGUGUAAUUUUC